UCCGCCGGCUGCUCACAUGCGUGGAGCGAGGGGGCAAACAAGGACCAGGACCAACAGUGGGAUUUAUUACUCGGCGUGAGCGAACACCUGGAUUACUAGAAAUCGUUUCUAUUUCUCUUUUUUUGUUGUUUUGUUGUUAAUUUUUGACUUUGUGGGCUUGAGGAACAACCUGCCAUCAUGUCUCGCGCUCCAGAUGAUGUGAGCAAGCUCACUGAAAACACAUACAAGAUUGUGAUGGAGCAGUUCAACCCAGGCCUGAGGAACUUGGUCAACCUGGGGAAGAACUACGAGAAAUCAGUCACAGCGAUGACUGUCGCUGGAAAGGCCUAUUUUGAUGCCGUCUCAAAGGUGGGAGAGAAUGCUAUCGCGUCUCCGGUCUCCAGAGAGCUCGGUGUGGUUCUAAUGGAGAUCGCUGAGGCCCACAGAAAGGUUCACGUUGAACUGGAAGAAAACUUCAAGAGGUUCCACCGAGAGGUUGUUGUCGAGCUGGAGAAGAAGACAGAGAUGGAUGUUAAAUACAUGAAUGCUACGUUCAAGCGCUAUCAGUCGGAGCACAAGCUGAAGCAGGACUCCCUGGAGCGCUCACAGACAGACCUGAAGAAGCUGAGGAGGAAAAGCCAAGGAAAGCACUCCUCUAAGUACGAAAUUAAAGAAAACGAGUAUUUGGAGACUAUCUCAUCACGGCAGAUGGACAUGCAGAAGUUCAUCGCUGACGGCUGCAGAGAGGCCUUACUGGAGGAAAAGAGACGUUUCUGCUUUCUGGCUGACAAACACUGCAUGUUCUCCUAUCAGAUCAGCAACUUUCAUGAGAAGGCCAAAGAGACUUUAUCUGUGAAGCUCCCCACCUGGCAAGAAAAGUGCAGUGACAUCACAAAGGUGCCGGACACGGUGAUGACCAUGAUAGAGGGUCUGUCCACCACGCCAGAGCAAUCACCGCUGGUCGAACGCUACAACAGGAACAAUGUGGAGUCAAUGGUUCCUCCUCCAGCACCACCACUUAAGGCUCAUAUCAGCCCACUCGCCAACAUGUUCAACCCAGAGCCCAGAUCUCCGCUCACCUCUUCUUCAGACCACAACUCAGACCAGGGCAGCAUUGGAGAGGGCAGUCUGUCCCGGUCCACAUCUCAGUCGUCUGGGCUCAAUGUGGUCAGGAAGCACAGAGUCAGAACCAUCUUUCCCCACACGGCCGGCAACAACACCACACUCCUCAGCUUUGAUGAAGGAGACAUUAUCAGCCUGCUCAUCUCAGAGGAGAAAGACGGCUGGCUGUACGGAGAGCUGGAGAGGACACAGCAGCGGGGCUGGUUUCCCUCAUCUUACUGCAGACCUUACACUGAGCCAGCGAUAUCAAAUAGCAAUCUGGGCACGCCUGUUCGCAGUCUGAGUGUAGCCAGUCUACCAGAGCAGGAGGAGGAGGAAGAGGAGGAGCCAGUCCUGCUGCCCCCGCCCGACUACAGCGAUGAGAACCCAGUAGUCUCCUCAAUGCCCACACCACAGAACAUGCAAGUGUCUUUAGUCAAUGGGACUGCAAAGGCUCCCUUUCUGGGGGGAGGGAAUCCAUUUGCCACAGUCAAACUGAGACCGACCAUCACGAAUGACAGAUCAGCGCCGGUCAUCUAAAACACACAAAAGGAGGAUUUCACCGCUGUCAUGCCUUCAGGGGAGUCAUAAACAUGAGGUCCCUGUGACAAUAUCACCCCCAACCUGACAUCUCACCAGCCUGCAUGCUAGUCUCUCUCAGUACCAGUCAGCUCUCUGAAACACAUCCAUUGUGUCAUUGCACAUGUGUGUUUUACAUUACUUCAGGAAAGUAUUUCUCAAUAAACACAUGGAGAAAGUGAAAAAAAAAGUUGUGUUAAAAUAAGUGUCUGAGUACAGCUCACCCCAAAAUGAGAAAAAUAGAUUAUCUUAUUGCUAAUAAUUACAUUUUCAGAAUGCCCUUCAAAAUAAAAGCGAAGUUAAGAGCUUAUAAUGCAAAGCACUGACAGUGGGAAAGGUUGAUUUGCAGCGAUGAGACUCUGAUAAGACAUUUCAACAUUUUUCAGCUGCUUUAGAAAAUUUUCAGGAAGAUCUAACCCUGUAACACCCUCAUUUGCAGCAGGAGACUUUGUUGCUGUUUUGUUGUUGGACGGGAGGGCGAGAGCCCUAAACAGGCAGGACAUGAUGAAAAAAAGAUGAGAAUAGUGAACAAAGCAACAGCCCAAUGCUAGGAUAAAAGUUUUAGCUCCGUGUAUUUCCUAUUGGUCAACUCGUCCUGACUCUAUAUAGGGUUUUUGUUUGACUAGGGGACUGGCAGGAAAACUAAAAGGCAAAUGGUAUAUAAAAAUUUGCCCGUUUGCCUUCAUGUAUGCUGCUCACCCUGAAAGUUCAGAAAAUUUUCAAGAGUUUUGUUUCUGUGUGAAUCUUUAAUAGUAUAAAGAUGAGCAAUAAACAUGAGGCUGGUAGCAUAACAUAAAGGCCUUCUUUUCUGUAAAUCUAUCAUGAAAAAAGUAGGCUAUAACAAUCCAGCAUGUGAAUAAUGGAGCGAGACACUACCACAACAAAUCUACAAUGCAAAAACUGCACCUGACAUAAAGUAGUAUUACAGUAGAGUUUGGUUUCAUGAAAACAGAAGCUUUUAACAGGAAAUAUUCAAAGUGGUAAGCAUGGAAACUGAAAGAAGUUAGUAUAACUAGUACUUUUUUUCAGCAUACCACUUAGUUAAAAUGUCUAAAAACGUCUUCUACCAUAAGCAAAGUUUUAUUGAGAAUCAGAAGUCAAACUUAAGAAUAGUGAACAAGGAUUGUUUGAAAAAUUUGUUGUAAAUUUUAUGGCAAAGCAAUUUAUUUACAGAGCAACAUUCAUACAUUCAGCAAUUCACAGUACUGUACAGUAUUGAAUGGGCAUUUUUCAUAACAUUAUGGGCAUUAAAAGACAUGACAGAGCAAAAAUGAGACAUUAAAAUAUGAAACAGUUUGAAAUGUAAGAUCAACAUGAUUUGCAGUUUUAUGCCUCCCAAGGGUUUACAGAAGUGAAAGUACAGUGAUAGAGGGUCCUUAGACCUAGGACCGCCAGUAAUCUAAUCAGUUCAUCCUUAUGAGCACGUUAGUGUGGAGGAAAUCCCUCUCAGCAUUCUUAAGAGGUUGCAUUCACAAGCCUAGGAUAAGCAUGACACCCUAUGACCUUGUCCUUUGACCAACAACCUCCAAAUUCCAACCAGUUCACCUUUGAGUCAGAGUGGACAUUAGUGCAAAGUUUGAAGAAAAUCCCUCUCACCAGUCUGGAGAAAUCACAUUUAAAAAGGUUUAAUGGCCUUGAACUUUGAUCUACAGACUCUUAAAUCUCAUUAGUUUAUCCCUGAGUCAGAGUGGACGUUACCCUAACCCUGUGCAAAGUUUGAGGAAAUUCUAUCUUAGUUGUCUCAAAAAAAAUCCCACUCAUAAUCAAGGGAUGAACAAGAGGAUGGAUGACCCUGACUUCUGACCACCAGCUUUAAAGUUUGUCCUUGAGUCAGAAAGAAUAUUUGCACAAAGUCUGAAGGAAACCCUUCUCAGCGUUCUUGAGAGAUCGCGUUCACAAGCCAAGCAACUUUCAAAAUCUACUCAUUUUAUCCUUGAUUCAGCAUGGAUACUUGUCCUGAGUUUGAAGAAAAUCCCUCCAAGCGUUCUUGAGAAAUUGUGAGAAGUGGAUGAACAUGAAGCCCAAUUACCUUGACCUUAGACCAGGGUUGUCAAAACUUUUUCCUCUGGGGGCCAAAUACAGAAAUUUGUAAGGAUGGUGGGGCCACUUUUAUAUAUCUCACCUCAAUAUUAAAGUUAAUAAAACCUAUCUAAUAUUGGUUAAGGUAUGCUCAGUCAUUGGGUAUGUUUAAAUGGCUAGUUGAUGGCUGAAAAGGCAAAUGGCCAAUCAUUAUCAGGUUUUGGGGCCAAUCAGAUUUCAGGGGGCCCAAGUCAGCUCUGGUCACCACUGGCACCGCCCCUAGAAUGUCAUUGGUGCUGCUAUUUGUUGCUGUAAUCAAUUAGGGCAUAAAAAUUCAAGAUAUCUUAUUCUCUGGUUGCAAAUAUUUUUUACUAUUUAUAGUUUCGUCUCAGGUAUGUCCUGAAAAACAGCAAUAAAUCCUUGUCAAAAUGUUUGUUUACAGUAUUAGCAUGGUAGCACUGCCUUGUUUCAAAACUAAAAAGAAUAAUACAGUGUAGCACAAGCUUCAUGCUGUAUUG